UUCUUCAAAACUGUAUCUUGGUUUUCUUUUUAAAAAAAGCUAGUUUUCUUGCAUUAGAACGCAGAAGUCAAACGUGAGCAUGAAUGCUUGGGGAAUCCAAACACCGGAGAAGAAGCGUGGAAUCUUCCAUGCAACCUAUUGCUGUUCUUCCUUACCUUCCCUCCCAAUAAACCCCUUUUCCUCCUCUUCAAUUCUCGCAACCCAAACACUGCCUCUCCAAUUCUCUUGUCCUAAUGAGGUUUCUUUCUCUUCGCUUUUCCUUUCUUUUUGCCUUCCUAAUCGCGUUCAGCCUCGUCCAAACCUUAGCAACAACGCUUCCCAAACAUCACGAGAAUGAAGAACGCGAUGGGCAUAGUAGACUUCAUCGACCCUCUUCACGAUCCCUUCUAUCUUUUCCACUUAGGGUUGCAACGACAGCACUGGUUGUGACCCUAGAUGGGACUAUGUAUUUGGUGGACAACUCUCCUGGUUCCAUGAAGGUGAUAUGGUCAUUCUCUACAGGAUCGCCAAUCUACCAAUCGUAUAGAGCUCCCGUAGAAAGCGAUACUGAUAAAGAAAAUUCAUCUGCAGCACUAAUGAGUGGAUUCGUGGAAUGUGGGGAUGACUGGUCAUUGUACAUGCACGACAGACACUUUGGUAAAAUGGUAUGUAUUUUAAGAUAUAUCCGAGCAUUGUGACUGUUGUUUUAAUGCUUUUCUUAACUGAAGGCAAGUUAAUGCUGCUUUAAGGAAAAUUUCGUGACUUUAACUCUUUCUUGGAAGCUGGACUUUACCAUUGUUU